AGGCAGAAACGAUCUUCUCCUCGUGAAAGAACGGUUGGCCUCUCGUGGUUGAGCUGUCCCUGCGCAUGGCGAUAACGUCAUCUGGGCCCUACCACGCCAAUCAGGGCAGCAGAAUCGAGCUGGCUCCCAUGUCACUAGCUCACAACAACAACACCACCACCACCAGCAGACGCAGCAACAAAGGAAGGGGUAUUGUUGCUUUGGCUUGAAAUGUCAGGAAGGAAUCAGAUCUUAAGCAGCAGUCACCAUCAUGGUUGACAGGUUGAAUGAGAUCAAAUGCCAGAGCUAGAUGGCAACAGCCUCUCCUUCCGUGAUGGACAAAUGGACAUGGACAGGACGGUGGUCGUCAUGCAUCACGCAUUCAUGCAUCUAGGCCGGUCAGCAACCACAGUCACAUCUCUUCUCAUCAUGUUGAAGCUGGUACAGUCUACAGUGUGCGAAUGCUACUGAUCUGACUGUGCCAAACAGCCAAAGCCAGAAGGAAAGUUAGUGUUGUCAGCUAGUGAGAUUUACAUUGGGCCGUGUUAUUAGCAACAUGUCCCUGGUUUCCUCCAUGGGCCUGGCACUGGAAGCCCAUGGAUAAUGGGCCGUCUGUCACUAAUGGCUGAGAAAGGACUAUUGAUGAUUAUUGCCUCUUGCCCUCUCAAAAGAAAAAAGGAUUGCCACUUUGCACUUGCUAGUGUGUCAGUCUCUCUUUCUUCCUUGGCUUCAUCAUGCAUGCCUCCAUUAUAUAUAUAGAGUAAACCCCUUAAGCUUUGAUAAAAGAAGCCAGCACGGAAAGCCUAAAGCCUCACUUAUUUAGCCUCCAGUAGUACCCUCUUUCUUCAGUGCUCAAAGCCUCAAAGCUCUCACUCUACACUCCAUUGCCCUUCUUGCCUUGGUUGCAUUCUUCUGAGCUAGCUGGCUGCUUAGAACAUAAACCAAGAACACAGCUACACAGGAGCAACCCUUCUCACUCAUCAGCUGCAUAGUAGCAGUAUACAUGGGGUUCCAAGAGGUGAAGAAGCUGCUGCAUAAUCAGCAUCGCCGCCAUGACACGCGUGUGGCAGUGGAAGACCACAGCCAAGCAGACGGCACCAAGGUCUGGGUCCUGGGUCUGUCCGGGAUCGGCGGGAUCGCCCUGCCGCUGCAGCAGCUCAAGCCCGUCAAGACCAGCCGCCGGCGGCACGACGCCAGCGAGGAGGAGCGUGACGCCGGCGGGGAAGACGGAGAGGAAGAAGAGCCCGUGACUCCGAGGGGGGAAGGGUGGAGGAUACCGGCGGAGGCGACGACGUGCCCGCCGGCGCCCAAGAAGCCCAGGACGGCGGUGUCGAUCAUCAGGAGCGGCGCGGGUCGCCGGUGCAACUGCGACGGCGGGGAGGUGCUCGACGAGUUCUUCCGCGUGCCGGCGGAUUUGGAGGCCGUCUUUGUCAGCCGAGCUGCCAAGGCGAAUUAGCGACCUGCGCCGGCCUCACGCGCGUGUCAUUGUGAUGCUUGAGUUCAAGCAGUGAUCGGAGGGCUCCAGCAAGAGUGAUGCAACGCAUCUGCUGGUGACUCAUUGGUGGGUGCGUGAGUGAGAGUGAUAGAGUGAGUGCAGCUGUACAAAUUCUCUUGUGGCACAUGUUAAUGUGAGUCUUAAUUUUGUGAAA